AUGUCGACCAACGCAAAGAAGAGGAAUUCACAGUCGACCAAGGGCAAGUCGAGGUCUUCAACGUCAUCCAACAAAUUACAAAAGUUGUCCAGUAGCAAUAGCGCCAACAAUACACCGGUGGCUUCGACUUCAUCAUUGUCAAUGGCCAUGUCCCCGAUAAAGAUAGACGAGACAGUGACACCAAACACACUCAGCAACCUGUUGUCAGUGCUGUCGAAUGAGUGCACCAAGAAGAUAUUCUAUGAGUUCACAGAGCGCGAGCAUUCGUCAAAUCACGUGAUGUUCUGGUUCGCCGCACGCAGUUUCCGUGAGGAGUACAUCCAUGUGGCGCCAACUUCCAAGUCGACUGGCGACGUGGUUAUGAGCACAGAGACGCGCCAUCCACGCUCCGAGUCUGUGGAUGCCGCCACACCCCGCUCAAACAGCAUCGUGGACGACGAUGUCGGAUGCAGCAGCAGUGGCGGAAACAACAACAACAGCAACAACAGCAACCCCGCAGCCACCACCAACACACUCACGAUCGAAGUAUCCGUCGCCAACUCGGUCAUGUCCAGCUCGCCAGACUCACGUCGCAGCAACAGCACCGCCGAGACGUCCAAGGACCUCGUGCCAAUGAUGGACGGCGCAUCGUCCUCUUCAUCGCCAGCAUCGCCCAUUCACAAGGUGUCGCGCGAAUCCAGCGCGAUGGACAUUGAGAUGACCGAGUCGAUGGCGGACGGCAUCAACUUUGAGAAGGCCAACAUUCUGUUUGAGAAGUACCUGUCGUCGACGUCGCCCAGCGAGGUCAAUCUGGACUACCGCACACUGAACGACAUCACCAAGCGCAUCCAGGCGCAUCAGAUCACCGACAAGAUCUUUGACAAUGCCAUCAAAGAGAUAUUCGAGGCCAUCAACAAUGACAGCUUCCACAGAUUCAAGAACUCGCCGAUCUACACUGAUCUGCUCCAACAAUGUACAGAUAUCCAGUCCUCUUCCUCUUCUCCAUCCUCAUCAUCACCACCAUCAUCACCAUCAUCGCCAUCAUCAUCAGCAACACACCGAACGAGCGUCACCAUUCCAUCGUCAUCAUCAUUGAGUGACUCUGGCAAAUCCAAAAAGGCCAAGUCUUCAUCAUCAUUCUCCUGCUUUAAAUAA